UGCGUUCUCGAUUUUGGUUGCUGCAUAAGAUCGGACGCUAGCUUCACACAAAUAUAAAACUGUUAUUGUUUUCUUGGGUUUGGAAUAAUAAUAAUAAUAAUAAUUAUAAUAAUAGAUUAGACUCAUUUUCUCAUUGAGAUCAGCAAUAGACACUUUGUAAAAUAAUCAUCUAUCCCAUCCCAAUCAAUAUGUAUUCACUGGCGGACAAAAAUAUCCCCUUUAAUAUUGCCAAACAACAACAAGAAAUGCAACAACAGCAGCAAGCCGUUCAACAGCAACAAAUGCAACAGGCCCAACAGAUUCAGCAGAGCCAACAGCAGCCACCGCAACCUUUGGAUAACAUAUCGAAAAUCAAGUCGUUGGUUGGACCUCUUCGGGACACUUUGGCUCUCACGAUAAAGACAGCUGCACAAACUUUAAAUCAAAAUAGUCAGAUUGAUUCAGGAUCUCAGAAAGCACCAGACAUACAAAUACCUCGCUUUGAUAAAAACUUAGAAGAAUUUUACUCCAUAUGUGAUCAAAUUGAACUUCAUUUGAAAACUUCAAUAAAAUGCUUAACUCAAGCUGAGAGUAGUAAUAGAUAUCUAAAUCUACCAGUAAACCCCAAUAGAAGUGAGAAUAUUGGCAUGAACGAGAAUAGUUUGACUUAUCAACAGUUUCUAGCUACUGUGGGUUCUCAAGUAUCUUAUACUAAAGAAAUCCAUGAGACCCUGUUAGCAGCUGCCCAGAAUAUUUCACCUUCAGAAUGACAUUUUCAGUAUUAAAGAGGUUUAGUUAUUUGGCAUAUGCCAUGACAUUAAUAAAUUUAUUUAUUAUCCAUUUAAAUUGUAAUUAUAAAAAUAUAAUAAGUUACAUCCAA